UGACCCUGGAGAACUGCGUCCUCCCAGCUGACAGAUGGAGGGAACCGGCUCUGGAGCUGCUGAUGUGGAGAGCAGAGCUCAGGCUGGGAGCCCGCCCGCCUCCCCCUCCAGCGACAUUCACCAGGGUGUUAGGGAGGUCGUCUUUUCUUCCUCACCAGUUCUAGACUUGAGUCAACGGGGUCUUCACCAUUUAGGAGACAUCCUUAAAAUACCCACACUUAAACAAUUGCAUCUUCAGAGAAAUGCCCUCUGCACAAUCCCGAGAGACUUCUUUCAGCUGCUGCCAAACCUCACGUGGCUGGACCUGCGGCACAACAGGAUCCAGGCGCUUCCGCCAGGGAUUGGCUCGCACAGGUAUCUGAAAACUUUGCUUUUAGAAAGAAAUCCUAUCAAAAUGUUACCUGUGGAGCUGGGGAACGUGACUACGCUCCGAGCACUGAACCUGAGACACUGCCCUCUGGAGUUCCCUGCUCAGCCUGUGGUGCAGAAGGGCCCGGCCGCCAUCCUGAGCUACCUGCGGGCCUGUGCGGCCAGGCCGUCCUCCCCGCAAGGCCCAGGUUCUCAAGCGAUGAACCUAAGUCAGCUGCCACAUUCCGGGCUGGGCUUGCCCGAAGAAUGUGCGCCCAACAGAGAAACCACUAGUUGCCGGGGGCCAGAGGGGACCAGGUUGAAAGAAGCAGGGGACCUGUCUCCGUCUGUUGAAAGACUGGACCUGAGUGAGCUCAGGAGGACCCCCGACUCCUGGGAGUACUGGCAGAGCGAGGAGGAGAUCAGGCGCUUCUGGAAGCUGCGGCAGGAGAUCGUGGAGAAGGGGCAGGCGGGAGUUCUGGGAAACCAGCUCCUGGCGAUGGAGUUGCCUCCAAACCUCCAGGCUGUGCUGCGCACCCGGGAGGAAGUGCGCCCCAGUCCCAGACACAUCCUCAGAAGGAAGACACCCUCCUUCAAGGGCACCCUGCCUGGGCUGGCGUCAGCGCACCGAGCCGUGGCUGGAGCAGGGCGGCUGGAGGAGAGAUGGGCCUCGGCCCUCCGGGAGCUCCGGGAGAAGCAGGCGCUGAUGGAGCAGCACAGGAGAGAUAGAAGAAUCCUGCAGGAGUGGCGAGAGCAAGCCCAGACCAUGAAGAGAAGGGAGGAACUCGUCAGGCUGCUUCCCAAACGGACGCUGGUGACAUCCAAGAUUCCCUUUGCCACAGAUCAGCUGGACAAUGAGAAAAUGCCAGCAAAUCCACCUGGGAAAAGUGGACAAAGCAAAGAGAAGUCACCGCAAGCAAAUAACGAGCUAAGUGCCUGUCCCUGCGGCGAGUUGGAGGGCCUGGGAGAGCACGUCCCGACCACGCGCGGGUGGAGGAAGGCGUUUCCAGGCCCCGCAGCGCUGGAGGAGAUACGGAGGGCCACCGAGGGUCUGGAGCCUGCUGGAAAGAUCCAGGAUGAAGUCAUGAAAUUGAGCAAGAGCCAUCGAUGCCCGGCCCUCCCCGGGGACCGUCCAUUGUAA